AUGUCUUUUAUUUCUCGAUAUGUCACGAAGCGAAAUAUCGUUUUACCAAAACUAGGUAUUGUACUUUAUAAAGGAUUAUAUAAUUAUACAAAUUUUGUUUGUGAAAAUGCGUGGGAAGAGAUUUUUUUAAGCUUCGUAUCAUUAAAUUUUGUAAACAGUAACGCUUCUGAUAAUGAUCCUUUGAUCAUCGAGAGAGAGAAGCAACGUCUUCUCAAAGGAAAAGUUGUAGGAAAUGUGAAGCAUGCCCCAGGUUGGAAUGAAAGGUUGGCAUCGGAUAGUGAAGCAAUGAUUAAGGCUGAACGGGAACCAGAUUCAUCAUCGAUGGAUGACCUUCAACGUGAAACGCUCUCAUAUUUAAAGACAUAUAACACACAUGACAUGAAUGAAACACCUGACGAUAAUGAUUUCGUUGAGACAUUUAAGAAAAAAGUUGAAGUCAAACACCAUGAUAAAAGCAGUGAAGUUUCUGAAGCUCACCAAUGGAAAAUGGAUAUUAAAUAG